AUGUCCGGCUCACCUCCGGUUAGUCGACAGGCUGAAAGUGCCGUGGCCCCACCUUCGAAACACCAAUAUACAUCCCUUGCGUCACUACUGCGAAAGUCUGCUAAGCCAGAUGAUACUUCACGCGACGAUCAACAAUUGCCUGGGAGACGUGCCGGUACAUCAGGAUGGGGACUUUCCGCCGACGAUGGUGAAGUGGGACGAGAAAGAAGGAAUAGCUCAAGAUCAAGGUCAAGAGGGAAAGGUAAAGAUACAGAUAAAGAUAAAGAAAAACAUAAAGGACGUUUAAGUCCUUGGAAGAUGAUGGCCUUGACUAUCUCCAUGGGUGGAAGUCAAAUCGCUUGGACAGUCGAACUAGGAUACGGGACGCCUUACCUCCUUUCCCUUGGAUUAUCAGAGCAACUCACUUCUCUCGUGUGGUUAGCAGGACCGAUAUCAGGACUCGUAGCACAACCUUUGAUUGGUGCCAUUUCAGACUCUUCACAUUCAAAGUAUAGAAGAAGAUAUUGGAUAGUCACAGCUACUGCGUUACUAGUGUUCAGUGGUUUAGGUUUGGCUUUCACCGAACCUAUUGCAAAGUCUAUUGUGGAUCUUUUCGGCGGCGGCCAAGGUGAUUGGGAUCCUAAGAGUGUUAAACUGGCCAAAAAUACUGCUAUCGGAAUCGCUGUUUUCUCUUUUUACUGUCUUGAUUUUGCUUUAAACGCUCUCCAAGCGUCUCUCCGAAAUCUGGUCCUCGAUAUCACCCCAGGUGAACAAUUAGCGUCAGCUAACGCUUGGCACGGUCGUUUCAACCACGUUGGAAAUAUCGUUGGAUUCACUAUGGGAUUCUUGAAUCUGGCAGAUGUACCUAUCAUCCGAUUGGUAGGGGGAGGUCAAUUCCGUAAAGUCUGUAUCGUGGCAUUGAUUUUACUCACAAUCACCGUAUGGAUCACUUGCUGGACCCAAGAAGAGACCGAGAAAGAAAGUAUAUUCGGUGAAAGGAAAUCGCGAAUUCGCGAUGUCAUUGGAACAAUCUACGAAGCUAUUCUUCAUCUUCCCAAACCUGUUAGAAGAGUCUGCAUUGUUCAAAUUGCUGCUUUCAUGGGAUGGUUCCCCUACUUGUUCUACUCCACUACUUACGUCGCUCAAGUUAUGGCUCAAGAAAUCGGAGGUGAGCCAGAUGUCGAUACUGCUACUAGAGCAGGAAGUCUAGCUCUUUUGAUUUACUCUUUCGUCGCUAUCAUUGCCGGUACACUGCUUCCUUAUCUUGCUGCUCGGGAUCGCCGUCUCCUCAAACCGGUCGCCGAGAAGAUCAGAGACGGUGAAUUGUCAGGUGAUGAAUCGGAAGAUGAAGACGACGUGGAGAUGGAAAAAAUUAGAGAAAUGGUCAGGGAAUGGAAAGCCGAGGCUGCAAGAGAAGGUAGACCCUUGAAACUCCCCACAAUGCCAUUCAUGCUUCGGAACAUUUGGACAGCAGGUUUGCUGCUGUUUGGAAUUUUGAUGGGAUCAACCUUCUUCAUUACUAAAGUAUGGCAAGCGACCAUCAUGAUUGCCUUGGUUGGAAUUUGUUGGGCUAUCGCUUGUUGGGUGCCGUUUGCUAUCAUUAUGGAGUUCCUCAAAGAGAUGUCAGAUGCUUCUUCUUCUCCUUCAUCCGGUACUCAAUCACAGUCAAACCGACGACCAGUCCCUCAUUCAGCGGGUCCAGCCCCUGGAUAUCGACCUAUUCACGCUAGAGCAGCUUCCACCCCCAUUGGUCCUUGGAGAUCGAGUUCAUCUCAAGAAGCUAGAAGAGAGAGAGAUCCAGACGAAAGGACUCCCCUAACAAGGAGUUAUUCAACCGCUGAUAUCGAAAACGCAGGGGAAAGUUUGGAAUACACAGGAAAUGGUCCGGUCGCAGGUGGCACCAUUAUGGGUAUACAUAAUUUAGCUAUUGUUUUCCCUCAAUUCAUUAUCGCAGUAGUAGCUUCAAUCAUUUUCAAAUUGGCGGAUCAAGAACCCGAUAUCGAUCCUUCCUCAAGAGGAGAAGGUGGUGGUGGAGGGAAGAACGGUGUUGCAUGGGUACUCAGGUUUGGUGGAUUAAUGGCUUUGGUCGGAGCACUGAUCAGUCGAAAGGUGCCUCCAACCAAAACUGAGAAAGCCAUGAGACGUAGAUUGGCUGAGAUGAGAGAGGAGAGUGCACAAUGA